UCCCCCGUGUUGAUUGGAUGGGUGAUCGGCACAAACCGUCAAUCAGCUGUUCGUCAUGGAAACAGGAGCUUAAAGUGCUGUGAGUCGGCGCAAGUGUCUGAGCGCGGCAGAUCUGUGAGGGGAUUUAUCAACGCUCUUGGAAUCUCAUCACCCCAGACAACCGUGAAAAUAGUUUACCUGGUGCUCUGUGCUUUACAGCAUCUCCACAUCUUUAAACUGACAGUAUGUAAGCAGAAAAAGCAUCCGCUUGUGUAAUUGAUCCGUUAUUGCCAGUGUGGACUGUUAUUGACUUUGGUACUGUUUGAUUAACCAUGUCCUCACAAGAGACAGAAUUACCCGACAGUCAGGAGAGGGUGGGUUUGAAGAGAAAACUGACGGGUCCUCCGAGACUUUUGCUGGGGAAGUUAAAAUCAAGGGAGAAACUGGAAGGUAAAUCUCAGAGAAGGCAAAGACAAGCUAAAAGUUGUGAUAGCACAGCGGAGAAUAAUGAUCAAGAAAAUUAUGGAAACGAAUCCUCACUUAUUACCCACCAAAGCCCAGAAAAGCCCUCAGAAGAAAAGGAAACCCAGCCAGAUGCUCCAGGAGAUAUCUCAGGAAUUCUUGUAACAUUGGAGCAUAGUGAAAGCAAAGAUGAAAAUAUGGAAAGUAAAACAAAAAUGACCAGAAGCACUUCAAAAACAUCCAUUAAAAGGACGUUUUCCUCACUCCUCAGGUGUGGAAAGAGGGAGGAAUCAGAGAGAACAGAAAAUGAGAUUUUGAAUCCUCAAAAAACGAAGAAAAACAUAAACAAAGCUCAGCACAGUAUGUGUAACUCCAUGGAUGAGAAUAAACUGAAUGAUGUAAACAAUGAAGCUCCUAAUGGUAAAAGUAAAACUAGGGCUUUCUUUAUAUUGUGGCCCCUUUCUAAGAGAUCUACCACAUCCAAUGUCAAUCUUGGAAGGGGAUGUAGAGAGCAAGACAAUAGCAUGGUUUUUCAGGAGAUAACGGCACCAAAAGGUUUGACAUUUAAAAAGAUCCCCCGCAUCUUUCCAAGAAAGAAGAAAGCAUCUCAUAUAGAUCAGUUUGAGUACAAUGCUCCCAAGGAAUCACAAAAAGAAGAAGCUGAUCAACUGAAUCAAUCACCUGAGGCUGCUUUGGACAUUUCCUGUAAAGAAAAAGAAGAACAAGUUAUAAAAGCGCAAAGCAUUCCAGAGACACUUAAAUUCAGUGCAGAGGUGAACGUUAACACACAUAUCAAGUCUGACCACAUGGAUGAGAAGAAGGAAAUAUGUAUUGACCAAGAGGUUAAUUUAAAUAAAGAAGAAAACCAGGUAUUAAAAACUAAUGGUGUUUUGGAAUAUGAGGUUCUUCCAUCUUGUUGCAGUGAGUUUCCAGGCACAUCAUCAGGUGGUGUCUUAAUUGAGAAGCCUAUUAAAAAUGAUGUCAAAUGCAAGCCAGUGAUUACCAUAGAGCAAGCAUAUUCAUCAGAGGAAGAAAACAUGAAUGAGACACCUCAGUUUGAUGGUCUCACAGUGAAUGGAUCCUGGCAACAUUUAAGAAUAAACAGCCUAACAAUCAACACACUGCGUCCUUCUGACCUAAAUGUGUCUCCAGAACUGGACCACAGACAUUGUAAUGAGACCUUGCUGAUUCAGACGGCAAUUUCAAUGGUGCAAGCAGCCAUUCGUGGCGCUGUGAAGCAACUCACAAUCGAGCAGCAGCACAAUCCGAUAAGUUUGGAUCAUGCGUAACCACACAUCAUCUGUAUUCUUUAUUUAGCAAAUGGUUUCAUAUUUCUCUAUGAUGGUAUAAGUAAAGCUGUAUGUAACAGAUGGAAAAAAGAGAAAAGGAACUGAUGUAUAAACAAACAAUGGUGAUGUUUAUUAUUGAUGUCUGAUUGUGGAAAGGUUUGUAAUAUUAUGUCAUUUUAAUGAUGCAAGUUUGUACUUGCAUAAUUAACUUUUGUCAUAUAUUCAUUAAAAUUA